AUGGCUGCUCUUUUGUGUGUGUCUGAAUCGCAACCAGAGAAGAGGCAGACAGAAGACGCUCGGCUUCAGCACUCCGUACCAGCAACAGACAAGAAGCACACGAAGACGAAGCUGAAGACGAAGAAGGACGAAGAUAUCAAGCAGGGGAGAGACAAGAAAAACGAGCGUCGAGGGUGA